GGAAGUGACAUCAUCAUGGCCUCCUUCCGGUGUGGACGUGAGCUGAGCUGGUAGCUGCUGCUGCUGCUACCUGUCACCGUUACGCACCCUCAGUGGAGCUCUGUGCACAAGAUUUUUUAUUUAUUUUUCUGUGAUUGCCAGUGAGAUAAAUGUCCUCCAGCAUGCCCAUGUACCAGGUAAAGCCCAUCAGUGGGGGUGACAUAAAAAUUGAUUUACCAACCUGCAUGUACAAGUUACCAAAUGUCCACGCGCCGCAAAGGAACAGCUGCGCCCCCGAACAUGCGAUGCAGCAUUUCCAUCCUGUCACUGCAGAAUGGUGAGGUGGACCCAGCAGUCAAAGCUCUUGAGGCCCGGCAGGAUGAGAUCAUGAGAAAGCUGUAUGAGCUGAAAGCCGCGGUGGAGGGCCUCGCUAAAACUGUGACCACCCCGGAUGCCGACCUGGACGUGACGGUUAGCAGCAGCUUCUCAUCCCAGAGCUCCGGCAUCACCAACUUCAAAGGCACCACAGACCUGGAUGCUCUACUGGGCAAGGACCUGGGAGCCCUCCGUGACAUCGUGAUAAAUGCCAACCCGGCGCAGCCACCCCUGAGCCUGCUGGUGCUCCACGGCCUUUUGUGCCAGCGCUACCGGGUGCUCUCCACCGUCCACGUCCACUCCUCGGUUAGCAACGUGCCCCCACAGCUCGUGUCCUGCCUCGGCCCACGGCAUGCAGACAGCUACGCCCGCCACAUGUUCCAGCUGGGCUUCACCCUCAUAUGGAAAGACGUCCCCAAAGUGCAGAUGAAAUUCAGCGUCCGCAACAUGUGUCCCAUCGAGGGGGAGGCUAACGUGGCUCGCUUCCUCUUCAAGCUGCUGGCGCCCUACCCCAGUGACCCGGCCGCAGCCACCACGGUGGACAGCUGGCUGGACAUGGCCUUCUUCCAGCUGGCAGAGGGCAGCCCCAAGGAGCGAGCGGCCGUCCUGCGAGCCCUCAACUCGGCCCUGGGCCGCGGCCCCUGGCUGUCCGGGGCCGAGUUCUCCCUGGCCGACGUGGCCUGCUACUGCUGCCUGCUGCAGAGUGGCUCCACCUCCUCCGCACCCGCCAACGUGCAACAGUGGAUCAAGUCCUGUGAGAACCUGGGCCACUUCAGCCCCGCCAAGCGACUCCUGCAGUGACCGAGGCUGCUCCAGAGGCAAGGGAAGAAAGGGCAUUAGAAUAAUAAAGUAACUGGGCCAUGUCUGAACUCCCUCUGAUACCCCCCCCCCCCUCUUUAACUGUAGUACGUCACUGCACUGACUCAGCAGACGCAGGGUGGCUGAUGGUGACGGUAACUAAAAAGUGUCUCUGCCAUGCUGCUUUUAUACAACAGAGAUUCUGAAGCUAGCUGUUUCAACGGAGGAGGCAUGAGAGGCUUGUCCAGACAUGGGCUUGGCGAUUGGUUAUAUUAACAGUACUGACAGAGGUGGGAAGACAAACACACACUGCACACCCUCCACCCACUUUGUGCCUAACGAGCCUGUUCUAAAUGUGUGUGUCAACAUGUGGGGACGGGUAUUACGACGUGUUUCCACCUGUAAUACUUUGUACCUUUUUUGAUUUUCUUAAAACAUUAAAACUUCAAAUUUGGAUCUAA